AGUCCUACUACGGCUCCAACGAAGCUUCCUCGAAGGUCACUAUGGCUCUCCUCUCAUUCCUCCAUAUAACAACCACCAUCUUCCUCCCUCCUUCCAUCAAGAAUCCCCAUUAUCAUCAAAUCCCCUCUGCAUCCUCUCCCUCUUUCCAAUCAUGAAACUCUCCGGAAGAAUCAACCCCAAGAACAUCUUCAGAUCCAAAAAACGCAGCACAGUAUCCAGAUCGGAGUCAUCGUCUUUCAGUUCCUCCAUUACCACUACAUCAGGCUCCCCGGAGCCCAGCCACCACCACAAGUCAAAAUCAAACGGCCUUGCGACACCAACCAGCGUCUUACCGACCCACUCACAUGAAGUAUCAUCCGACGAGUGGUCGGAGAUCUCAGCCGAUAUACAGUUUGAGCUUGUACAGGCGUUCCGGAUCAUGGACACCGACGGCGACGGAAGAAUAACAAGAGCGGAGUUGGAGGCUCUGUUGAGCCGGAUCGGAGGUGCUGAGCCUGUUACACCGGAGGAAGUUAGCCUCAUGCUUAACGAAAUCGACAGAGACGGCGACGGAAGCAUUAGUCUUGAGGAGUUCGGCGUUAUAAGCUCUGCGUUCGGACCACCGUCGUGUGACGACGAGUUGAGAGGUGCUUUUGAGUUUUUUGACACGGAUCACGACGGGAUGAUCACGGCGGAUGAGUUGUUUGCGGUGUUUAAGUCGAUCGGCGACGGACAGUGCACAUUAGAGGAUUGCAGGCGUAUGAUAAGUAGCGUGGACAAGAAUGGAGAUGGAUUCGUCUGCUUCGAGGAUUUCACGCGUAUGAUGGAGCAACAAAGAUAGAAGACAGAAAAACAUACUGUAACUGCUAGAUCUUCUGAAAGAUUCUAAUAUUAAAUCGAAAAUCAAAUUCUUGAA